UCUGUUUACACACUAACACAAGGAAUCCUCAGGUUGCUAUGGCCUGAGAGGUAUUUGGCUACCUAACUUACUUUCAACUAAAGCUGAUCAGAAACCUCUACAUGUACGACUGAUACCUCCAGCCACGUGAGUUAUGUCAUCCAUACCCUUCUUGGUAGUCUUUGGUUUCCUGUUCACCAUACCGUUGAUGUUUUUGUUGACAAAAACCAACUACUCCCCUCUUCUGGUAAAAGCUAAACCUCUGUCAUUCGUUAGGCCAUAUUACCAUCAUUCGUCAAGAAACGAACUGAAGUCACAAAAAGCACGUUAUCAGCAUCUCAAAACGUUGAACCUACAACGUCGAUCCCCAAUAACGACCAAGCCUCAAUUUGUACAUGAAUUUUUUCCUAUUCUGGCUGAGUCCGUAAGAAAAUCUGAUGAACUUCUACCUUUGAACCAAGUAGUACAAGAGAAAAAUAAAGAUAAAAACAAUUAUUCGGAAACCAACCACGAGAAUUCACAAGAACAUGGGAUUCACGUUGCUAGCUGGAGAUGGGAAUAUGUAAAGACACCUUUUAUUUAUACCGCUUUUGUUAUUAUUGCUGGGCUUUGUAAAGUGGGAUAUCAUCAUGCUAAUUUUCUCUCCUCUGUAAUUCCCGAAUCAUGCAUCCUGAUAAUUCUUGGCGUGGCAGUGGGAACUAUCAUUUAUGUAACUGGAUCAACCAGUUUGGUACCACAGUUUACUUCUAGAGCUUUCUUCUUGUUUCUUCUACCACCAAUUAUACUAGAGUCGGCAUACUCCCUCCAUGACAGUGCCUUCUUCAGCAACCUUGGCACGAUCUUGCUUUACGCCUUACUGGGCACCUUACUAAACUGCUUUACUAUAGGAUCAAGUCUAUAUGGUUUAGCUGAGGCAGGUGCAAUGGGGCCAAUAAGUGUAGGAAUUGUGGAGUGCCUUGUCUUUAGUGCACUGAUCUCAGCUGUGGAUCCAGUUGCUGUCCUAGCAAUAUUUCAAGAAAUUGGUGUGAACAAAGUUUUGUACUUUCUUGUUUUUGGAGAAUCUCUUUUAAAUGAUGCUGUAACCGUUGUUCUUUACACAAUGAUGGUUGGCUUAUCAUCCACUCAGUACAUUACAGCAGGACAGAUAGCCUUGGGUGGAGCAUCAUUCUUGUGUGUUAGCCUAGGAGGCUUAUUAAUUGGAGUAUUAAUGGGAGUUAUCACAGCACUUGUUACUAAACAAACACAACAUGUCCGAGUUGUUGAGCCCUUGGCAAUGUUAGGAGUAGCUUAUUUGUCAUACUUGCUUGCUGAAAUGGUUCACUUUUCUGGUAUUAUCAGUAUAAUAGCCUGUGGUCUGGUUCAAGCCCAGUAUGCCCGUUUCAACAUUUCUCAGAAAUCAUACAUUACUGUUAAAUAUUUUAUUAAGAUGCUAAGUGCAGUUUGUGAUACUAUAAUAUUUCUUUUCCUGGGUAUGGUUUUGGUGAAUGACGGUCACAUUUGGCAUACAGGCUUUGUCCUUUGGACAACUGCUCUGUGUUUAAUUGCCAGGUUUUGCAGUGUUUAUUUCCUCACAUUUCUAGCAAAUUACUUUGAGAGACUCCAUACAAUCAAGAUCACUGAGCAGUUUAUAAUGGCCUAUGGUGGACUGCGUGGAGCUGUAGCCUUUUCCCUAGUUAUCAUGUUGGAUAAACAGAUUGUUCCACAUAAGUCUCUUUUCAUCACAGCCACACUUUUUGUUAUUUUAUUUACAGUUUUUAUUCAAGGUAGUACUAUCAAACCUCUUGUAAGCCUGCUGAAGAUAAGAAUUCAGAAUAAAGAUUAUCACAGUCUUUUCCAGGAAGUCAAUACCAAGGUGAUAGACAAUAUGAUGGCAGGAAUAGAGGAAGUAACAGGUGAUCACAGUGAAAAUUAUUGGAAGCAAACUCUAUGCUAUUACAAUGAGCAUUACUUGAAGAAGUGGCUUCAACGCAGCACAUCUGAGAAUAAUUUGACAAGAGUAUAUACAAAGAUGGUUCUAGCUGAUCACUAUGCACACCUGUAUGGACCUGCAACUGCUUUGGAAGACAACCAGCCUCUUAUGUUGAACCAGUAUACAGAUGACAUCAAUAUGCCUAUAGAUGAUGGAAUAAUAAAUUCAGAAAAGGGAAAAACAAAGAGUACGGAGAUGACUUCAGAUAACAAAAGUACAGAAGCCUUGAAAAGAACCAAAGUUAAACUGAAUGGUGAGUACAAUUCUUAG